AUGAAUUCCCUCGAAGUGAUCUUCGGCGAGCUAGGCAUCACUCAGUAUCUCGACGCCUUCAUUGAGCAGGGCUUCGAUUCGUGGGAAACCAUACUCGAUAUCACUGAGUCUGACCUAGACGCACUUGGCGUUAAGCUCGGCCAUCGAAGAAAACUCCAGCGCCGUAUAGCGAAUUAUCGUGGUGUUGCGCCCGAGACAUCUUUGGUCUCGCCCACUUAUAGUAGUAUUGAAGAUGUCAGGCUCGAUUCUAACCGGUCGGAACCUGCCAAAUCCGAAAAGUCAGACGGGGCGGCCGUUGCGAAGCGCAAAUACAGACGACAUCCUAAGCCGGAUGAAAAUGCACCGGAACGUCCUCCGUCGGCCUACGUAUUGUUUUCGAAUAAAAUGCGAGAAGAUUUGAAAGGCCAAAACUUGACCUUCACGGAGAUCGCUAAACUGGUCGGUGAGAAUUGGCAAAACCUGAACCGCGAUGAAAAAGAGCCGUUCGAGAGACAGGCGCACGAGGCCAAGGAGAGAUAUAACCGUGAGCUAGCCGAAUAUAAAAAGACAACCGAGUAUAAAAAGUACUAUGACUACUUACAUGAUUUCCGUAAAAGACAAGCUGCUCAACUACAAGAGAAGGAUGUUUCUAAGCGUCUAAAGUUGGACUCGGACAGUAUCCGUGGCAGUAGUACCAGCGGUGGUUCAGCCGGAGCGAGUGGUACGACCAGUGGAACUGUGAGCGGCUCUGAUAGUCAACCCGGCAGCGAACCGCCCCCUACUCGUCAACAAAGGCUAGGCUCAUCAGCAUCGACCGUCGAUAGUAGUUUCUCACCGGGCCUAAGUAGUAUACAUCACGGCGACGAGUUGUUACAUUCUCCUAGGACCCUCUCAUUUGACGAGCCAGGUAGCAGUGGACGGUCACGUGGAUUGUCGAGCCCUACUUCUCGCGAUCCCUCUACUCAUCAUUAUUCGAACCGUCGACCUGGCUGGGCCGACAGCCAGCGAAUCUACGGAGAAUCCUCUGGCGCGCCAAUUUCCUGGUUUGACCCGAGAGGUAUUCAAGGAACGUUGGUGCAUUCUCCCGAUAACGCUAUACCCAACUCCUCAAGCCACGGCCUGGGCAACGGGACCGGCCGUAUUUCGAGAUCCUCGGGAUCAAGCUCGAUGUCGCGACCGCCAUCUCUAAAAACUGAACAAUCCUCAACCGGCAGUAUGAGCUCGCUUAGUUCAUAUAAUAUGCCGAGAACCCCUAGUGAUGCUUCACUGCCAAUACAUGCUCUGCUAUCAUCCAAGCCAGAACCGGCCUAUCCUUCAUGUCCACCUCCGCCAGCCCCGCAAGCGCAGUUACCCAUACUCCAGCCACAAUCGGGCCGUCCACCAGGUGAACAAUUAAGUAGCAAUGGCGUCGAGGCCCACGGUAAAGGAUUUCUUUCGGGACCUGCAACGCCCAAGUAUCCAACAUUAGGUUUCCAGAAGGACACCAUUUUUGGUGUACCGACGGAACCAAAACCAACUGCUACUACUUGGAAGACGGGUAGCCCAAGCGAGACUAGCCUUGAUGGCAUCAGCGCUUUACUCAAGGCGCGGGAAAUUGUUGACCGACGGUAA